CAGAAGUGCCUCAUCGCUACUUUAAGGUCAUUUCCAUUCGGGAACUACUCACCAGUCGAGUAACGUUUAGACAGCAACGAGGAACACAGUAAAGCAGGUGCAAAUCAUUAUCCGAAAAUGUCGCUGUCGAAUAAACUUACCCUGGACAAGGUGGACGUGAAAGGAAAGCGGGUGAUCAUGAGGGUUGAUUUCAAUGUGCCCAUGAAGGACAAUAAAAUUACAAACAACCAGAGGAUCAAAGCUGCUGUUCCCACCAUCAAGCACUGUCUGGAUCAUGGGGCAAAGGCUGUGGUGCUGAUGAGCCAUCUGGGUCGUCCUGAUGGGAUCCCCAUGCCAGACAAAUUCUCCCUGCAGCCUGUGGUGGCCGAGCUCCAGAGCCUGCUGGGCCAGGACGUGCACUUCCUGAAGGACUGCGUCGGACCCGAAGUAGAGCAGGCCUGUGCUGACCCGGCCGCCGGUUCCGUCAUUCUUCUGGAGAACCUGAGGUUCCACGUUGCUGAGGAGGGCAAGGGCAAGGAUGCUUCCGGAAACAAGACCAAAGCCACCCAAGAGCAGAUUGAUUCAUUCAGGGCCUCUCUUUCCAAGCUGGGAGAUGUCUACGUCAACGACGCCUUCGGCACAGCACACCGAGCCCACAGCUCCAUGGUUGGAGUGAACCUGUCUCAGAAGGCUGCAGGCUUCCUGAUGAAGAAGGAGCUAGACUAUUUUGCCAUGGCCCUGGAGAAACCUGCCAGGCCCUUUUUGGCUAUCCUUGGAGGUGCUAAGGUGAAGGACAAGAUUCAGCUGAUUAAUAACAUGCUGGACCAGGUCAAUGAGAUGAUCAUUGGUGGUGGUAUGGCGUUCACCUUCCUCAAGGUCCUCAACAACAUGGAGAUCGGCACAUCUCUGUACGAUGAGGAGGGCGCUAAGAUUGUCAAGGAGCUGAUGGCCAAGGCUGAGAAGAACCAGGUGAAGAUCAACCUUCCUGUGGACUUCGUAACCGCUGACAAGUUCGACGAGCAUGCCCAGACUGGCACAGCCACGGUGGCGGCCGGCAUCCCUGCAGGCUGGAUGGGUCUGGACUGUGGACCAGAGAGCAACAAGCUCUUCGCUGAGGCUGUAGGCAGAGCCAAGCAGAUUGUGUGGAAUGGCCCUGUGGGUGUGUUUGAAUUUGAGAACUUUGCCAAAGGAACUAAGAGUCUGAUGGACAAAGUUGUGGAGGUCACUAAGUCAGGCUGCGUCACCAUAAUCGGGGGAGGGGACACAGCCACCUGCUGCGCCAAAUGGGGCACAGAAGACCAGGUCAGUCAUGUCAGCACAGGAGGCGGAGCCAGUUUGGAGCUUCUGGAGGGUAAAGUGUUGCCAGGUGUGGAUGCCCUCAGCAGCGCCUAAGCCCCGUUACCUUGGAGAGGGCGGAGUGGCAACAUUCUCUCCCACCGGCGUUUGGACGACCACACAGCCCACAAAGGGACAGUUAUUCCCCAGUCUCCUACCCAGCACUUGUCUACCACCACCUCUAGCACUGCCCUCCAGUGACCGGAUGUCAACCCCCUGCUCUCUAGUGUGCUGCUUUACAGACGGCUGACAGAAACUGCAGUGACCUUUCUCUCGCUCUCUCUUUUUGCUCUCAAUUUCCUGCACCUGUUUGACAUCUCUAUCCACGAGGACAGGGAGGUGUUGAUGGCACCACUGUUCCUUCCUGCUGUGUUUCUCAGAGAGAUGAGAGCCAUAGACCAAUUUACUGCUGUUUUCACUAUACAGGAGUGUGGGCUUUUGUCAUCUGUAUAGCCUAUAACCUAAGUAUGUGUAUAUGUGUGUUUGCACUACCAUUGUAUAGACAACCAGAGCUGGAAGUAUAACAAUCGUUCUAGAUUAAAAACAUUGUGGUAACUAUC